UUUUGUUAAUACCACAUAACUUUCCCAAAAUCUGCUCUUCCAUCGCGCUGUACCGGUAUCCAUCUCAAAUCCCGGAUUGUUUCUCUGUCGGUCGGAGGAUAACCAUCGACCUCCGUUACUUCUCCCCCUCCUUCUCCUUGCCGUCGUUCUCUCUUCACCUUCACCGAUCCCAUCUCGCCUUCGGUUUCAAUCUCGUCUCGCUGCGACGUUGGUGCUCUCCCUCUCCUACUGAUCUACGAUUGCGAUCGGUUAGCCUUACGAAUUAGGGGUUUUCCACGAUUGGAUCGCGAUCUUCUUGAUGCCGAAAGCUUCUGGAGACUGUCUUCGCUGCUAGAUUUUGGAUCAACCUCAAAUGGCGGCGCCGAGGCCGACGGGGAGCCAGGAUCUGUUCGAUACGUAUUUCAGGAGAGCAGAUUUGGAUGGAGACGGUCGUAUCAGUGGAGCUGAGGCUGUCGGUUUCUUCCAAGGCUCCAAUUUGCCUAAACCCGUCCUUGCUCAGGUAUGGUCCUACGCAGAUGCAAAAAAGGCUGGUUACCUUGGUCGAGCGGAGUUUUACAAUGCUCUAAAGUUGGUGACUGUCGCACAAAGUAGACGGGAAUUGACUCCUGAGAUAGUCAAGGCUGCAAUCUAUAGUCCUGCUUCAGCCAAUAUCCCUGCUCCCAAAAUAAAUCUUGCUGCAACACCUUCUCCACAGCCCAGGGGACCUGUUACACAAACUCCGGGAGUUACAUCAGUGGCAGCUGGUAUGAGAGGACCUCAAAUGGGUGGAAACAUAAGCACUAGUAACCAGCAAGUAGUCUCCGGCCAGCAGAACCAAUUUACUGGGCCACCUCCAUCUCAACCACCACAAAAUUUUCAAAGCCAUGGUAUGCCAGCUGGAGGGACUAGUGCGCCUCGUACUGCAAACCAGCCUAUGCCAUCUGAUUGGCUUAGUGGCAGAAGUGUUGGACCCUCUGGGCAAGUGAAUUCACAAAUUCCUUCGAGCCAAAGUGGAUCUGGUUUGACAGCACCUAACUCAAUUGCCAACAAUAUACCAAAGCCUCAUAUGACACCUGCAGUAAUAAGCUCUGCAACAACCAGACCGCAAGUACCAGUGCCUGCAUCUGCUCCUUUAGAUGCUCCAUCCAAUCAAUUGGUAGCCAAGGAACUGGCUGCAUCAGGAAACGGUUUUCCCUCUGACUCAAUUUUCGGAGAUGUGUUUUCAGUUGCUUCCACGCAGCCAAAACAACAUACUACUGGAACUACGUCGACAAUGGGCAUCUCAUCUGUUUCUACUGGAACUAUUGUGGCUCCCGAAGUUGCACAGUCUGUAGCUAGGCAAAGUUCAAUCCCACAGCGUGGUUCAUUGAGCCAGCAUCCUGUUGGUGUUCAGAAUCAGCUUACUGGAAAUUUAGGGCAGUCAUUUGUUCCCGCCGGUGCAGCUUCUGGUACAACUGGCUCUACUGUUGGAGUUGGGAUUUCAGCUUCCAGUCAGUUGACCCAGCGUCAGACACAGCCAUCCCAGCCCCAACCUCAACACCAACCGCAGCCCCAACCUCGCCACCAACCCCAUCCCCAGCCCCAACCUCAGCAUCAUUCCCGGCCCCAACCCCACCACCAACCUCAGCCCCGACCCCAACACCAACCCCACUACCAGCCCCAAUCCCCCUGGCCGAAAAUGACUCCAGCUGAUGUCCAGAAAUAUACCAAGGUUUUUGUGCAAGUUGACACAGAUAGGGACGGAAAGAUCACCGGGCACCAGGCUCGGAAUCUGUUCUUAAGUUGGAAGCUCCCGCGAGAGGCUUUGAAGCAGGUAUGGGAUUUAUCCGAUCAAGAUAAUGAUAGCAUGCUCUCGUUGAGGGAGUUCUGUUUUGCUGUUUACCUAAUGGAGCGUUACAGAGAAGGCCGACCUCUUCCCCCAGUGUUCCCAAGCACUAUAAUAUCUAGUGAGAGCAUGUUUACCUCUCCUGGUCAAUCUGUGGCACCACAUGGCAAUGCAUCCUGGGGACAUCCACAUGGUCAAAUUCAUGGGGGCUCGAGGCCACCAGCAAUUCCCAAAGGAAAGCCUCCAAGGCCGGUUCCUCUCUCUCCUAGUGAUGGAUUGGUCCAGCCCACUCAGCCAAAGCGUAAAAUGCCUGAGUUGGAAAAACAUCUAGUGGAUCAACUUAGCAAAGAGGAACAAGAUGCACUCAACUCGAAAUUUGAAGAAGCUACUGCUGUUGAUAAAAAGGUGGAUGAGCUUGAAAAAGAAAUAGCUGAUUCCAAGCAGAAAAUUGAGUUCUUCCAUGCUAAGAUGCAGGAACUUGUUUUAUACAAGAGCAGAUGUGACAACCGGUACAAUGAGAUUACGGAGAGAGUCUCGGGUGAUAAACGUGAGCUUGAAUCUCUAGCUAAAAAAUAUGAGGAGAAAUACAAGAAGUCUGGCAAUGUAGGCUCUAAAUUGACUAUUGAAGAGGCCACAUUCCGAGAUAUACAGGAGAAGAAAAUGGAAUUGUACCAGGCUAUAGUCAAAUUUGAAGAAGGCAAGCUUGAUGACAAUAUUGUUAAGGAGCGUACUGAACACAUCCAAUCGGGACUUGAGGAACUGAUUAAAAAUUUGAAUGAGCGCUGCAAGCAAUAUGGAGUACGUGGCAAACCCACUUCUUUGGUGGAGCUUCCUUUUGGUUGGCAGCCUGGAAUCCAAGAAGGUGCUGCUGAUUGGGAUGAAGAUUGGGAUAAUCUAGAGGAGGAAGGGUUUACCUUCGUCAAGGAGCUUACACUUGAUGUCCAGAAUGUCAUUGCCCCACCGAAGGAAAAAUCAUCUGCUUGGAAGAAGGAACCUACUGUCUCUUCAAAUGAAAGUGCAGACGUUUCAUCCUCAGAUGUCGAGUCUAAAACAGAGAAAAAGCCAAGCAGUGGUGAAGAGGCAUCUGAACAUUCAGAUGGUAAAACAGAUAGAAACGGAUCUUUGGAUGAUUCUAAUGUUAGAGAGAGUAUUGAAGCUGACGGUUCACCCCGUACCAAAGAUACGAGGAGUGAAAAUGGCCAUGAUGAUGGUGAAUCUACUGCUUCUGCUGGCAAAACUGUAAACUAUGACUCUCACGAUGAGACAGAUUCAGUUUCAAGCUUCAACCCUGACAACGGAAAGGACAAGGAUCAUGAGAAGCGUGAUAAUGACUUUGGAUUUGGGUUCGGAUUCGAUGACUUCAGCAUCAAGCCUAUAAAAACUGGCUCCACCCUAUCAAAUGACUUCCUCCCUCCUAAGCUAUCUAUAUUUUCUGAUUCUGUGCCAAGCCCCCCGGCCAAUGCAAACGACGGUUUCACUGCAAAACCUUCCUUGUUCGAUGGUUCUGUCCCGAGCACUCCAGCAACAACCACUGCCUCUUACACAGGCAAUAAAUCAUACUUUGAUGAGUCUGUUCCAAGCACUCCUGCUUACCCAGGAAACUUAUUCUCCGAGAAGAAAUCAUUCUUCGACUCGGUUCCAAGCACUCCUGCUUAUCCUGGAAGCUCGUUUCCUGAAAAGAAAUCAUUCUUCGGUGACUCAGUUCCAAGCACCCCUGCUUAUCCUGGAAGCGUGUUUCCUGAAAAGAAAUCAUUCUUCGACGACUCUGUCCCAAGCACUCCUGCUUAUAGCACGUCUGAUUUUGGUGGGAAAUCGUUUGCGUCAGAGACACCUCGUUCAGACGGCUUGUUCCCAGGAAGAAGUCCCUUCAUGUUCGACUCUGUCCCAAGCACACCCGCUGCACACGACGACUUCUCUUCCAACAGCUUCUCCCGUUUCGAUUCAUUCAACAGCAACACCAACGACGCUUUCUCUCUAUCCCGCUCAGACUCGAUGCGCAGCACAAGCGAGCCAGACCCAUUCGCAUCCAGGUUUGAUUCUUUCAAUUAUCAAAGAUAUGAUUCCUUUAAUGCACAAAGCUACGACAACAACAACGCAUCCGAGACACCUAAAGCGUCCUUGUCGAGAUUCGACUCGAUUGGAAGCACCAGAGACUCUGAUUACAGUCACGGGUUUGGGUUCGAUGACCAUGACCCGUUCGGUUCUACGGGCCCGUUCAAAACAACUACAACAACAGCUGAGACACCACGGAGCAAUGAUCAUUGGAAUGCCUUCUAGCCCCCACAAGCCCCACGUGUGAUACGAAUAUGAUCACAUAUCAUAUAGUUUGCUGUCUUUUUACAGUUCGAGCUUACCAAGUCGGAAGAGUUCUAUGUAUUUGCUUUGUUUGCCAUCUGCUUGCUUCAUUUUUAUUGUUCAUAUAUAAUAGUUCUUUUUGCCAUUCAUUUUUAAAGAAUUUUUUUUUGAUGAGUGCCCUUUGGUAGCGUUUCUUUCUUUGCUCUUUCUGUUGUUGAUGAAUAAUGAAAUUUCAUGUGUCCCUGUGAAAACGAAAUCUAUAUUGUAUUUUUGUAAUCAUCUGAUAUGUGUGGAUGGAUUAUUUU